CCGGUCAGCACUGAACAGUAGUGCGCUUAUAGUGUGGUGGUAGUGGACGCGACGGAAGAUAGGUCUAUUGGUCGUUUUUUCGUCGCUUUUGCGUCCUUUUUAUUCUGUUAUGUUGUUAACGAACGCUGAAGAAGAGUACCGUGGUGUUAUUCAUUAUAAAAAUAGCGAAGUAUCAUGGGCUUAAAGAAGUUAAAGAAAGAAACGAUGUGUUAUCGUACUACUGAGUGAUGCAGUCUACGUUACAAAGUGAAAUUAAUGUAUUCUUGUGCGUGCUUUCAUCAGAAAAAAAUUGUUAAUUCAAUGGCUCAGUUCACGUGCAGUAUUUCGAGACCUUAAUUUUGUUUAUUACCACAAAAGUAUGUGUAAUGUAAUAGAUUAAUCAACUUGACAAGCUGUCAAUGUUGGUAGUAAUAGCCAGAGGGGAAAUUCCAUCAAAUGUAAGACUAUUCGAAAACCAUACAUAAAAAGCGUAAUAACGAAGUACUUCAUUAACCGAUUUACUGAAAGCAAAAUACUGGAUCAAACGGUUACUUUUCAAUGCAUAGUAUUGUGCUCAUAGCGUGCCACCAUCGGCACAGGCUACGAUAGGCCUAAGUGGAAAGGAGAAGAGUUACCACUCUCCAUGAAGAACACAAACAGCUCACGCGAAGGAAUGUUUUUGCCGUCGUUUUCUCUGGUCUUGUGACCACCACGAAAGAAGGACUUCAGAGAAAUCCUCUGAGGAUGAUCAUGCACCAUAACCAUUACUACGACGAUAGAGAAGAAGACAUGAAACUGUUCAGAGUCAGAGCUUUCAGUUUGCUUAUGAGACUCAAGAACAAAGAAGAAGAAGAAGAGGAAGAAGAAGAUACGCCUAUGGUGCGCCCGAAAACUUUUGCCAUAGAAUUCGAUGCACCGGGAGCGGUCUACUUCUCCACCCAGACUAUCACAGGGAACGUCGUCCUCAACGUUGAUGAACCCAUCUGUCUGAAAGGCGUGAAGAUGAGAUUCAGAGGCGAAUGCUGCAUCCACUUCACCGACCUGUCCAAUGCAGCCAAGAUGGAUCUGCAGAGGAAGAAACUAGCCAGUUCGAGCAAGAGGUCCAAGAGAGACUCCUUCUCCAGGAUAGCGUCGCCACGCCGAAACUAUUCCUAUAUAAAUGGGGGUCUUCACGGCGUAGACAACCCGGGUUUCAUUCCAGACUCCGACCUCGGAAAUGGCGACCUCUUGUCUCCGACUAGCGGUACCAAUGGCCACAUCAUACACAGACCGAACUCGAGUGAACACGAAUGGAGAGAGAGCACUUUCGGGGGUCCGAUUCAACACUUCAGGGCGCAAGAAACUUAUUUCGACUGUGAAUUCUACAUAUAUGGCCACAAAUAUCAAAAGGACGAAAAGGAGAGCCUGCCAGCUGGCCUGCACAAGUUUCCCUUCGCCUUUAACCUACCUCCUAAUCUUCCUCCGAGCUUCAGCAGUGAAAAGGGCUUCGUCGUCUACAUGGCAGCGGCGAUACUGGAUCGACCUGCAGCAGCCAACUUAGUCCAGAAGGCAGGGUUCAGCAUCCAUUCCAUACUGGACCUUAAUAUGGAUCCUCAUGCUAAUUCCACGACCACUAGCAGCAAAACCAAAAACCUCUGCUGUUUCUGCUGUCAGACAGGACCAAUCACUCUCGCGGCACAGAUACCUCGCCGUGGUUAUGUCCCAGGGGAACAGAUAUUUGUUAAUGCUGAAGCAGACAACAUAUCUUCCAGAAACACCCGGAGGACACGGCUCCUCCUCCUUCAGGUGAUUACUUAUAUAAUGCCCAAUGGUGUGAAAACAUUGGUUGAGGAGCGGGUUUUAAAAGAGGUUGUGAGAGGCAUAAUUCCACCAGGUGAAUCUGAUAUGUGGGAAAAUGUCUCCUUGACUGUGCCACCCAUUGUACCUGCUAACGUUCAUCUAACUUGUAGACUUCUUCACGUAGAAUAUCGCCUGGAUAUGAUAUUAGAGCUACCACUGCCUUCCGGUGAGCUGCGAGUAAGUUUACCCGUCAUAAUUGGUUCCGUUCCCUUACGAAACCACUUUGAUAGUUUUUUACCGCCAAAUGAAACUAGGAAACCAAGUGCAUUGCCUGGCAUCCGAUAUCCUAACAUUCCAAGUUUUGUAUAUGGCGAAUGUAUGUUUGGCCGUGAAGCGAUAGAGCACCAGUAUGAAAAGAUGACUGGAUAUGUUGAGGACUAUGGACCACAAUAUGAACCACUUACUUACUUUGCUCCCAACUACCUGUGCUAUACACCGGGUAACAAUGUUAAAGACUAUAAACACUUGAAAAGUAGAGCGAAAUCGAGACCAAAGAAUGGUAGAUAACUAUUUUAUACUUACAAUUGCUCAGUCGUACUUGCAUUUUGGACAUUUCAUGCAGUGUUUGAAGUGAAAACUGAUGCCUUUGAAGCUUUUUUAUAUUUUAGCUGUUACUCCAUUGUCAUCUUAUGACAUCAUCAUCAUCCUCCUUACAAAAUAACAUUCAGAUGUAUUGUAUUGUCUUCAAAAUGUGCAUACUUUUUUAAAGCUAAAGAAUCAUCAACAUAAAUAUUUCAUUAAUAUUCACACAGCUGCUUAAAUGAAAAGAAAUUUACAGAGUAGUACACCAAAGCAUUUACAUAUUAAAGCAAUUUUCUUACUGUAUUUUACACAAUUUUCACUUGAAAGAGUAUGUAAAUGCAAAAGGUAUGCUACUAGUUUUUAAGUCUAUAUGAAUUCACACUAAUGGUUGUUAAUUUAUAUAAUACAUAUAUUACUCGUAUUUUACUGAACAAUUUUCUAUUUAACAUAUUCAUUCUUUUCAUUUACAUGUUUUGGCCAACAGCAAUGCUGUCCCUGAAUACACAAAAUUAUGAAAGCAAAGGUUACUUAAUUACUCAUGACACAGCAUGGCAAACAGUCUGGAGCAAUGACACUACAAAUAAACUUUUCCAACUAUUA